AUGUUUCGCCUAUGGAGGCUGAAUAUGCUAUCUUCAUUUUAUCGAGUUCCAUCUCAUCUGAUGUUUGGAAUAGCAGGAAAUUUACGAAGUUCUAGAAGAUGGUAUGAGUCUGAUGCUUUUAGAGAUGUGUUACUAGCUAAGACUCUCAGAUCACCAAAAGUACCAGAUAGUGGGUAUCUUAAGUGUACGAUAUUUGAUAAAGAUGGAAAUAUUAUCUGUCACGGUAAAGAGUUCAAAAGGCUGGAAUUUAUGAAGCAGCAUAAUCUUGUUUCCAGAGAUUUUAGAAAAAUUUCAAGACAUCAUAGUCCCACGAGCCGUAUCAACGUUGAUAUCGUCCCCUCAAUUAUGACAAGGACAGGAGGGAUUCUUUUGACAUUUUUAAACAUAAGAGCAUUAAUAAAGCAUGAUAUGGUUGUAAUAUUCGACAGCUUCACAGGCCCAAGAGAUAGGAACGUUUCACAAUCACAAGGUUUGUUCCUUGAAGAUUUAAAUCGAAGAUUGAAGACUGUGAGUGAUCUGGAGUUGCCAUAUGAGUUUCGAGCGUUGGAAGCCAUAUUAGUAGAUGUGACUGCCAAUCUCAGUACGGAGUCUAAAGUUCAUUCUACAGUUUUGCAUAACAUUUUAAGUAGCCUUGAUAGUUCCAUCGAUAGAGUGAAGUUACGUUACUUACUUAUCCAGUCUAAAAAAAUAACCCAAUUUCAUCAGAAAGCCAGAUUAGUUCGUGAUUUACUAGAUGACGUUCUCGAGCAAGAUGAUUUAUUAAAUGAAUUGUAUUUGACUGAUGCCUAUAAUGGUAAACCGAGAACAGGAACGAAUCAUGCAGAAGUAGAGAUGCUUUUGGAAUCAUACUAUAAAACUAGCGAUGAGAUAGUACAAAGAGUAGAAAACUUAAUUUCACAGAUCAAGACAAGUGAAGAAAUCAUUAAUAUUGUGUUGGACUCAAAUAGAAACGAACUUAUGCUUUUGGGUUUAAAAUUUACCACUGGAUUACUUUCGAUGGCGCUUGCAUUAUAUGUGGCAUCUGUUUACGGCAUGAAUUUGGAGAACUUUAUCGAAGAAGAGAAUGGUAGCUUUUCAAUUGUUGUUGUGGGCAGUUGCAUAGUAUUUUUGAUGCUAUUAGCGGUGGCAUUGAAGAAGUUAAACAAGGUGCAAAAAAUCACAAUGACAGGAGUAGACAGAAAGCAUAUUAGAGAACCAGGAAGUUGA